AUGACUGAUACAGAGCAAUCCAGCUCUUCUGACUCUGAUUAUCCUGAGGUCCAAGAGGUGAUAUGUGGCCGGCAGAAAGAGCCAUAUAGGGUACAUGCCUGUGAAACAAAUACACAAAUUGAAAGUUCAUGUUCAAGGCAGAAGAAUCUUGUUCCUGAGGAGUCUUCAGAUGAGUGUAACAGUAUACCUAAGUCAUCAACUGCCUCAGCUGAGAUUAUACUGGACACCAGUGAUUCAGAAAUUGAUCUCACUGUUGUUAGUGGCAGUGAAAACCAUCCUAAGUGCUCCACUGCACCUCCAAAGCAAAAAAGGAGAUCUCAGUCUUCGAGGCAACAAGCUGAAUCUGUUGUAGGAGAGUCUGACAGUGAUAGCUCUACAGAUUCUUCUCUGUCCCUUCAAAGUCCAGUGAAAUCAUCUGAAGCUUCCAAGAAGCAGAAGUCAAAACUCAAUUUGAAAGCCAUUUUUGCCUAUCACUUCAGGGGAAAGAAGUUCAAGGCUGCUGCACACCGAAAAUACAUGGGUGGCUCAGGCAAGAAGAAGAAGAAGUAUGAGAGCACAGGGAUUCCUGCAGGGAGGCCACCACUGACAGCAUCACCUCAAGAGCAGAGGAGAAGGCUUCUAGACAGAGGUUUUCAGUUCCCUUUUGUUGAAAAACAUUAUGGGAAGAAACAUAUUCCAUUAAAGAUGGUUCUUGGUUAUGAGCAAGCAGCUGCAAAGGGAUAUUUCCAGUACAUUGAAAUGCUUAAAUAUGAAGAACACCUUAAAAAAGCUUUAAAAGCUCUUCAGGCUAGUGAAGACUUAGAAAGAGAGUGUCUGGCAGUACGGAAACACAAAUACUUGGAUGAUGAAGGCCCCAUUUCCCCUAUCCAGGAGACGAAUGAUGAUGACAGCUUGAAUUCUGAUAAUCAAGAUGACUUUGAUGCCAGAGUAGUGGAGAACAGCUCUUUCAUUAUAAGCAGCAAAAUUCCCAGUAAGAAAAAAUCAAAGCCAGGAAGAAAACAUGCAAAAUCAACUGAAGUGAUCGAACUAGAUGGGGAAGAAGACUGUGCUUUUGAGAACUCUGGGAUUCUGCACAGUUCACCUUAG